UGCAAGUGGAACAGAAGAUGCUCUACUGAUCUUCAUUAUCACGUUUUCAAUUCCCGCGAAGGUGACUUUGCCUUGUAGUGCAAACUUUGCGACUUCCUUUCCAGAACAGCGCCCGUCCAACUAGACUAUGGAUAUGCAUCACAAUAACGAAAAGGAUCGGAGAAGCUAAACCUACAAUUAAUAGUCCGGAUCUCGAAAAUAGACUGAGAAAUACCAACAUCAAAACUUUUUUGGGACAUUUGUUUUUCUUCUGUGAGGUCUACCUAUUGGAUUGUGUGCGCUCUCUACCUGCCAUUGCUGCUGUGUAUAUGUUAACUCUAGGAGACUCGUAGUGUCUGGGUGGUCCGCGACGGAAGGUGUGCUGCAAUGAAGGUGAUCGGUUGGAUCAUUUUGAUCCUCUCCCAGUGGAUUCUACGAAAGGUGCAGGGACUGGAGAAGCAGGUUACCAAGAACUAUCCAGGACUUGAGCUGGGUCGAGCAGGCUCAGGGAAGUCCUUACCGUAUGGCAUGGGAGGGGGAGCCACAGGGGGAGUCAAACCCCCCUACCAGACCACCUCCCGCAUCUUCUCCACCAGCAUGGAUGGGGUCGGCAACCCGCCCAUGAAGCCCCCUCUGAAAACCCCCACCUACAGUUUCUUAAACCCCUACGAUUGGGCACGUAAUCAGUCGCUCCUACUUGACCAGACAGGCUACCGCAACAAACGCAAACCAUCACUGAAGACGGCACAGAAGACCAAGAAGAUCUUUGGUUGGGGGGAUUUCUACUUCAACGUGAAGACCAUGAAGUUCAGCCUUUUGGUGACGGGGAAGAUAGUGGACCACAUCAAUGGCACGUUCACUGUCUAUUUCCGCCACAACUCAUCUAGUCUCGGAAAUGUUUCUGUCAGUAUCGUCCCUCCCACCAAGGUGGUUGAGUUCGAGGUGCUGCAGCACCACCAGCCAGGCCUCCAUGCUCAGCUCCACCCAGAACUCACACAGAUCACCCAACAGCAUACGCCGCACCAGUCCACCCUUGACCCCAAGGAAAUUAAGACCUUCAACUGCCGGGUGGAGUACGAACAGACCAAUCGCUCCAAGAAGCCUAAGCCCUGCCUUUACGACCCGUCCCAGACCUGUUUCUCAGAGCACACCCAGUCCCACGCUGCCUGGCUCUGUGCCAAACCCUUUAAAGUCAUCUGCAUCUUCAUCUCCUUCUUUAGUAUUGAUUAUAAGCUUGUGCAGAAAGUGUGUCCGGACUACAAUUUCCAGAGUGAACAUCCUUACCUUGGAUAAGAUGUAAUGGAUGAAGGAAGGGGAGAGAGUUUUAAGAUUAUAUGAGGGAAUGGUUCUGAGUUAAGGAGGGCUAAACACAGAAUCACUAAUCUUGAUCAGAGAAUGUGAUAUUGGAUGCAAGGUGAUUUGUAGAUCCGUAAUCCUUCGCUGUCCGACUGCAAUGUAAUUCAUUCGAACUCAAAACAAGGGAAGUGACUGGACUAGUGAACUUGGGAAUGGUUUUUUUCUGGUCUCAACCUCCCACUGGAUUCUAAGUAUUCUAAAUGAGAAGGAUGGCUAGUUGAAAUCAUGGGUGAUGAUUCUGCAGUUUUCUCAAAACGACCUAAAAGAAACAUUUGUAUCAGUUUAUUUUAAUUUCUGUGUAAAUAAUGUACAAAAAGAUCUAUACAGCUUUGCUCGUUAGACUGGUUAUCAGUGUUGAUUCAUUUCGGUCUGAUGGAGAAAUCGAUUUUCAAUAUUUAAAACAAGCUGGGAAAAUGUGGACAUUGGAUUUUGUUGACUUCAUAUUCUCCCUAAUGAUCAGAAUGUGUCAUGCUUAUAUAAUCUAUGAACACAGAAUUUUGGUACCUAGAACCAAAUAUUGUGUGCACACAGAUUCCCACAAAAACAUGUGUUGCUACCUGAAGACUGUUAUUAUGUUUUCAGUCAUAGUUUCAAAUCCUGUUUUCAAGACAUUGAGAACCGAAGGUAUUCAAUGCCCUCCAGAAUUGUUGGGCCACUUGGUAAAGAUAAGAGCAAAUUGUUAUAAAAUAUAUUUUUGAAAAUUAGCUUGAUCUUACACUCAAAACAUGAGAGAAAUCAAACCUUUAAUUGAGGAAAGAUUGUAAAAAAUACAAAUAAAUGAAUAGAAUAAAUGUUUCUCUCAAAUAUGUGCAUCACAGUUAUUGGCAUCCUUGCACUGAAUACCUUGUGCACACUCCCCUUGCAGUGAUGAACACUGAUUCUUCUACUAUAAUGUUUGAUUAGAUUGGAGAACAAAGUGCAAAGGCCCUGAGCCCAUUCAUUUAUGCAGAACCUGUUAGGAGUUCUUGAUCCUCACAUGGUUCUUGGUUGAGUCCUUGAUCCUCACUUCAUAGACUGGACUCACCUCAUAGAUUUUCAAUGGGUCUUAGAUCAGGUGACUGCGAUUGCUAUUGUAAUAGCUUGAUAAUGUGGUCAGUGAGUCAUCUUUGUUUGUAUCUGGAAGAAUGCUUUGGAUCACUGUCCUACUGAAAGAUCCACCAAUAACCAAAUGUUAGUCUCCUCACAGAGGCAGGCUUCUUUUGGUAUAAAAUCCCAAAGGCCUCAUUUAUCAAGUGCGCGUAGAUACUACAUUUGUACUAACGAAUGGAAAUGAGAAUGCUUGGACACAAAUAAAAAUUAUAAUUCAUCAAAUAAUCUAACCGUUUUACCUACAACGGUUGGAGAUCACCAUUGUUUAAUACGACUUGUUCUUAGCUUCAGUGCUCGGGCACAACCUUGGCUAUUUGCAUUCCGGCUUGCCCCUAAUUACCAAUUUAUUGUCUAAUAAACCCUUUAAGCCUUUGGAAAACAUGCAAAGCCAUAAAUUAAAUUAACCACACCACCCCAAAAUUUAUGAAAACGUGUGUACGUGUGACUAUGAAUUUGUGUGAAUAUACAAACAUUCUCAAACAGACUUUCAUAUUAAUAAAUACUACACUUUGCAUAGAAAUUAUUGGGUGCACAGUUUAUGUGCAGAUUUGUUUGCACGCACACUUGAUAAAAAAGGCUCCUGGUAUUUUAAAUAGGCUCCUAGGUUCCCAGGGACAGGGAGAAGUAAAACACAUCCUACCACUAUAUGUAACAGUAGAGAGUAUUUGUUUUCUGUAUGACAACCAAUCUUUUUAAGCCAAACCCACCUUUGUUGCACUCAAAGUUCCAAUGACGUUUAGCAACUUCCAGACGCUGAUGUUUGUGUCUAGGAGAAAUCCAAAUAGCUGGUAUGGAGGUGGUGUCUAUGAGUUUUGGAGACUUGCUGAACUGAAGAUUCAAUGUAUUUUUUACCUCUCAAACCAUCCUCAUGUGUCUCACCUCAUAUUUAUACCCCAGUGAAACAGAAAGACACGGAUGAUCAGUUUAGAAUCAGUAAUGACACAUGUUUUAUAUAUAUUAAAAUAUAUAUAUAUAUAUAUAUAUAUAUUAUAUAUAUAUACAAAUAGCAAAUGAAAAUAUACUUCAAUUAGAAUUUCACAGGGUACCAAUAAAGAGGUGCAAAAAAGAAACAAAUGUUUUAGAGAGAAAUAUGUAUUGUUGAUGAAGAAUUCUUACUCUGUUUAAAUAAUUGUACCUCAAUGAAUCAUUAGAUUUCUCGCUUAUUUUUGUGUAAGAAGCCAAAAAACAACACAGAUUUUUUUGCUCAUCUUUACCCAGGGGUCAAACAAGUCACAUGCACACCAACACACACAUAUAUACAUAUAUACAUACAUACAUACAGUGUCCCCGGUAAGUAUUGGGACAAUUUAGAAAUGGUAUGAUAAAUGGUAUGGUGGUUAUGCAAAGCUUAUUGUAGCAUAACACAACAUAUGAAAAUGUACAUUAAAAUGAUCUUUAACUGAUGUUUCAGGUAUUUUAAUAUAUGGCACUCCAUACAGGGAUUUAUUGUAACAUUAAAAUAACUAUUUUAUGUUUACUAAAAAUUAUUUUCUGGCCAUUGUAUGAGUCAAGAGCAUAAUAUAAGAAAUAUUCAACAAAUGAUAAUACUGUAUCUGAUCAAGAACGUGUUCAGUUGGAGUAAUAUUAAAACAAUUAUUCUAUACGGAUUCUACUGUCCAAUCAGAAUGUUGUACAUGUUUGUAUGUCAAAGAAAUAUAGAGAUCAUGGAUACCUUUUUGAGAAUGAAUGAAUGGUUUGAUUUGGGAGAGGAA